UGGAGGGAGUCACAGCAGUAGCCUACCGGACCGGUGUGUUGUGUCUGGCACACUGUGCGCACUGCAGCUCUCAAGCUUCACAGAAACCAACAUCGCAGUCUUUUCUUUAUUAUAUUUGAAAUACGGCAUGUUGCUCGGGUCAUUUGUUUGAGCGCGAGUGCUGUUUUGUGCUUACGGAACCUGCUCGCAUCAUAUAAACUCGCAAUUGGAGAAACAGCUGAUCUACGGAUGCUCGUCUCAGGGACAAUCCCCCCGGAGCAACCUGGAGUUAAGUGCCUUGCUCAAGGGCCCAACAGUGGCAUUUUGGUGGUGCUGGGGCUUGAACCCCCGACCUUCUGGUCAGUAACCCUGAACCUCAACCACUGAGCCACCACUGCCCCAUUAAGCUUUAAGGCAACAAUCACUGGAGUCAUACAAGUGUUCAGCCUAUGCAGUGAGGAGUGUUUGGUCCAUGAAGGUCACUCAUCAUUGUGAUGCAUAAUGGCUCCUGCGCUGAGUGCUAUGUUGGGGUCAGAGGUUGUGGGCACAGCAGUGCUGGCUACAGGGGAGCUGGCACUUGUUGGCACACUCACGGGACUCUCUGCUUUCCUGCUGCUCUCCAUUCUGCUGCUGCUGUGUGCAGGUUGCCAGGGGCAGAAAAAAGUGAGCGGGCACCCCGGAGACCAUGAAAACCUGAUGAAUGGGGUGUCAGAAAAGGAAACAUGUAGCCAGUCAGCAGAGAGUCAUGGUACUGACCUGGCCAUCAGCAGCUCCCAUAAUGGGCCUCUUACAAGUGGUACAGUACUCACAGACACAAUGGACACCAGUCCCCAGCCUUCAGAGGACAUGCUGUCCAGCCAAUCAGAAAUCAGAUCCUCAAAGUGCCACCAGGACCGUGAGUUACCCAGCAUUCCACCCACCGAUGUCCUCAAAGCCACCGUGGUUGAUGGUCAGGCUGCCUUAGGGGAUGGCACGUAUGAGGUGGUGAAGAACAGCGCCUCCCGGGACGUCAGUGUUGAGGACUCACUGUACGAGACGGUGAAAGAGCUGAAGGACAGUGGUCUCCCCAAUGGUACGAUGAGCCCUGAGGAACCGCCUGCACCCCUUCUUAAUGGUCACCCCAGUCCUGCUACAUCAGAUCGCACUGUCCUGCCCAAUGGUGUGGAGUACGCCUCUAUCAACCUCAGCAAAAAAAGCAGAUAUAGCACCGACAUGGAGGCCAGGCGCUCAGCUGCCAUUGUGGAUGCCAUUGUGGAGCCAGAGGAUGAAAAACCACCUCCCAUACCAGAUAAAGUGCUUGAUGAGAAUGACAACCAACAGAUUAAUGAUCUUCCAAAUGGUCAGUUACACUCCCCAUUGUCGACUCCAGAGCUUCAGGACCAUGCAUUGCCGGACAGCGAGUUAUCAGACAUGUACUCCAUCGUACAUAAGCCUGUUGUUAAGGAAACAGAGCAUGACUACAGCAGCAUUGGAGAGAUCAAACGAAUGGUGACGGAGUCGACCUCCAGUGACAUUUAUGCCACGGUUAGGGAUGAAUAUCCAUUGGCUCCUGGAUCUCAGAAUGCAGAACCUGGGUAUGAGACCAUCAAAAUCCCCCAAACAGCUGAAGGGGCUCAUCAUGGAAGUGGGAUUUUGGAACCCGACUAUGAGAGCAUGGCGGAACUUGGUCUAAACAGGGAGAUGACCCGUCUCUGACCACACACUCAAACCAGAAACUUUGAGCACUGGGAACUCACUUGUUUGAGGUUUAGAGGUGGACUUUGGGGUGAUAUCACUAGAGUAAUGCGCUUAAUCCUACCUGAUUGAAUGUUUCUGAGGACAGCAUUUCAGCACCCUAAAACCGACUGUUCAUUGGGUUGACUGAAAUGCUAGUCGUAUAAUCUGUCAAAAGGAAGCCCUGCAUAAUUAGGUCUUAUAUAAGAUGCAUUCUUUCACUGAAAAAAGUUAGAUGAAAUGCAAUCACAUGGAACAGAUCGCAGGUGUCUCAUGACAUAUUUUUCAAAUUUGGACUAUUUCUAUGUUUUCGCGUCAUCUUUAAAGCUCAAUGCUCGUGGCAUUGUAUGAAAAGGUACAAAAAAUCCAGAUGAACGAAUCAACCUCCCACAAACAUCUAGUCCAACCGUCGUGACCCAUACCCAAUAGUGAAUGAUAUUGCGCUGGCCACAGUCAGUGACAUCUUUUCAGUGUAAGACCUGUGACCCAGCACAGGUAAUGAAACACUGGGUAGCUCAGUAGAAGGUUUGCUUUGCUAUUGAUGUGAAUAUUUGUUUCCCCUUUUAUAUCAGCUUUGCUCUUAUGUGAAAUAUUUUAUUCAUAAAGUGUACUAGUAGUUUCCUUGUUCUUGCACGCUGCACCUGCUGUGAGCCCCACUUUGCCUCCCCAUUUUCACGUGAUACUAGUCGAGCAAAGAGCUACUCUGAACUGAGAUUCCCCUGAGUAAUGGCAUAUGUAAUAUGCAGGUACAGUCAACAGCAUUACACUUAUUUCAAUCAUUCAGAGUUGCUGGAGCAUUUAGUUUCACAAGAGUUCAAGUAAGAAGCUGGAAACAUUUACAUAAUACAUAUCAAAAGAUUAAAGAGGAACAUUUAAUUGUAGCCAUGAUUCUUAAUCAUGUUAGCAAGAUGUAUUAUAAUAAUUUUGUCAAAUCAUAUGGGUUUGAGGAAGUGACCUUUAAGGUACGCAAAGUUGGUCUAUCACACUCAUUUGUGAGUGUAACUAACUUUGGUUAAUAUUUACUCACCUUGUCAUAUCAUUCUAAUUCUGUGUGCUGAUAUGUUUUUCAGUAGAAUAUUUUUGAGGAUCUUCACAUCUUUUUUUCAUAUACUUAAAUGGUGACCAUGUCUGGCAAGCUCCAAAGAGAGGGGGAAAACCACACACACACACACUCCAUAAAAAUAGUCCUAAAUGACAUCAAAUCUGGCAUGAUUUUCUAACACUGUACAUGACAUUGAAUAUUCUCAUCAUUUACUCACCCUCAUGCCAUCCCAGAUGUGUAUUUUUUUCUUCUUAAUAUUUCAGCUCUGUAGGUCCAUACAAUGCAAGUGAAUUGAGGCCAGAACUUUAAAUCCCCAAAAAGCACAUAUAGAUGUCUUCAGAAGCUAGUGAUUUUAGUAAUUCACAGACACCUAUCACAUUUGUUCUGAAGACAUGGCUUUUACCACUGUGUCUUAUGGAUUAUUUUAUGAUGUUUUUAUAUGCUUUUUGGACCUUCGAAGUUCUGGCCACCAAUAACUUGUGUUGUAUGGACCUACAGAGCUGAAAUAUUCUUCUAAAAAUCUUUGUUUGUGUUCAGCAGAAGAAAGAAAGUCAUACACAUCUGGGAUGGCAUGAGGGUGAAUAAAUGAUGAGAACAUUUUUGGGUGAACUUUUCCAGCUUCGUUGAAGGAGAAGAUUAUCAGUGAAUAACAAUUUAGCUUCUAAUCUGUUCCUUAAAAAAAAUGUUAUAUGACUUAAGAAGUAUUUUAAUUAAUGCACAAGUUCUAUGGACCACUUAUAAGGUGAUUUUAUGGUGUCUUUUUGAUUCUUUUGGAGUUUGACAUGUGGUUUUUUUGGAACUGUCCUUGUAUGGAAAUGAGCUGCGUAAAGAUUCAUAAAAAUGUCUACUUUUGUGAUACAGACUACAGGUUUGAAAAGAAAUGAGGGUGAGUAAAUAAAUGAUGACAGAAUUUUCUUAUUUUGAGUCAAUUUUUCCUUUAAUGAAAGGUGGACUGGAGUUAUUGCUGAUGUGAAUCUAACUCCUUUCAUUUUCAAACAUUGUCCAUUAGUAAUGUAAUUGAUUUAAGUUACAUCGAUAUGCAUGUGUGAAAUUACAUUUCGCAAAAUGUUUUAUUAAUGGAGCUUUAUUGAUGGAAUGUAUCAAAUACAUUGUAUAUUUCAGAUAUUUUUGGAUUUUAAUUGGUACACGACAUUUCAAAAGACUGAAAUGUACAGGGGAAAAUGUCAUGAUGGUACUGCCACACAGAGCUUUGCCUGGCAGCUUAAUAAAUGUACGCUAUUAUCAGGUAUGCAUUCGCUGCUUUUACACAUAUGUAGCAGUAUAAUAAAAAAAAGCAUAGCUUGUCCAGACACCACAUGUGACAAUUUCAUGCCAAGAGACACUUAAUAUUUAAAAGACUAUUUAGAUCUGUUAAAUUAUGUCAUUGUUGAAGUAUGGUUUUACACAAUAUUGUAAUCAUCGAGUCUGUGGAAUACAUACUUUCUAUAUUCAUUGUUAAUGAAAGUUUAAGAUGGGUUUAUUAACAUUUAAAAAAUGCCUCAGUGAAAAGAGUAAGGGACAUGCAUUGCUUUGAAUUGAAUUAGCAUUAGUCCCAAUGUUGUCCAUGUGUUUGCUUGUAAUAAUGGUACAUUGUGAUGGUACAGGUUCCAAAUUGAGAAGGUCCUUGUUGUAUUUAAUAUCAUGGUAAACAUUGUAGAUUUUGUUUCUCCCUCUAACCAAAUUGUAUCUAUUUAGUUGUAAAUAAGAGUGAAUUUUGCAUUUGUUUAUUUUUAUCAUCAUCUUUUUAUUGUGGUAUUUGCUUAUUAAACAAUGUAGCCUUGCUGGACUAAUAAUAUAACGUGUAUGCAUGUUUUAAUCCACAUCAACCAUCAACUGACCAAUUACUGAUUGAAGUGUAAUUAUGUUUUAUGUUACAUAUUAAUCUCAGACAAAUAUAUUUAGAAAUGUAUACUGCAUUUAUGCACAAAAACUACAUUAUAAUCUGUUUAUAUUUAAUCUGUCAAUAAGUGCAGGAAAACACCCUGCAAUGAGGCAGUUUUAUUUUGUCAAUGUCAAUGCAUUGGUAUUAGGGAACAUAAAAUAAAGAAUAUAUUUAACUGUACUGCCUGCAAAAGAUUGAAUCUCUGGUCAAAGCCCCAUGCAUAUGAAAUGUGAGCACUCCAUAAGCAAAGAGAAGGAUGGUAAACAUGGACAAUGAAUAGCUUUUUCAUUCUCACUUCACAAGGUAAAUGUUUUUAGAUACACAUUCAUUAUCUAUUUUCAGAGGUUAUUCUUAUAGACAAUUUAAUGUAACUGAAUGUCUUUAAGCACACUGUAAUUAUAAUAUACAUAGAGAAGCUAUUGUUUUUAAAUAUGAGCAAUAAUGUCAUAAAUUCAGAACACUUUGACAAGGCAUGAAAAUAUAAAUUUCCUAUUUUUAAAAAAAAAAAAAAAGAACAAAUCUCAGUUACAGUGAGGCACUAACAAUGGAGGUGAAUCAUGGAGCCAGUCCAUAAAGUUAAAAUACAUACUGUUUGAAAAGUAUAGCCACAAGACAUAAAUAAUAUGUGUGUUUACAUGAUUUUAGUGUGAUAAAAUCACUAACAUACCUUUUCAGUGUAGAUAUAGCCAAUUUUACAACUUAAUUGCCAUGACAAUGCUAUGUCAACAAACCCUAAAAUAACUGUAAAAUUGACGAUUUAAACAACUUUACAGCUCAAAUAAUACAUGAGCCAUAAAGAAUUAAUGUGUGCUUUUAUAAAAUUAUAUGCUUCGCAUUUCUGCCUUUUAAACCCUCCAAAAACUGGCCUCAUUCACUUCCACUGUAAGUGCCUCAUUGUAACCUUGAUGCUUUUUUUUUUUUUUUUUUUAAGAAAAGGAGGGACGUCUUAAAAUUGUAUAUGCAUAUUUAAGAUUAUUUAGGCUGUUUGUUUCUUCCAACUUGUUCCAACAACAAUCAAGUAUUUAAUAUAUAUAUUAUUUUUAGCGUAUUCUUGGGUUGAAAUCACCAGAAUUGUUUCGUUUAAUGGCACCAAGACUCUGGAACUCACUUCCACAGAUUCAUUGUAGAUAUCUUCUCUGUUAGGUCCCAACUAAAACACCAUCUGUUCUCUCAGUAUUAUCUGUACACCUCUGACUAAUGUUGCUAUAUUAUUGUUGCUAUUGUUACUGUUGUUGAUUCUAUUGUUGAUUUAUGUUAAUAUGUCUUUGUACAGUGUCCUUUAGCUUGGGAAAGGUGAUUUAUAAAUACAAAUAUU